GCGCUGCUCGGGAGCCCGAAGCGCGACAGCGGCUCCCGUGGGUAUAAGCGGGAGGCGCCGGAUCCGGAUGGUUUACAUAAUUAACGCCGCCCAUCGGGGCGAGACGCAAUAACCCCUUUGGCUCGUACCUCCCCACUGAUUUAAAACGGGGUAGGAAAGUUGAAGUGGUGAUAGAGAGGGUGGCAUCUGAAGGAGCGCCUGGGGCUGCGAGGAAGGGAAGCCGGAGCUUGCUGGACGAUCCCCUCCUUUCCUCUCUUCCGUGAAGUAUGGAUGCCCUAAAAUCUGCUGGCAGGGCGAUUAUCCGGAGUCCAAGUCUUGCGAAACAAUCAUGGGGCGUCGGUAAACACAAAAAGCUUCCGGAGAACUGGACGGACACACGGGAGACCCUCCUGGAAGGCAUGGUCUUUCGCCUGAAGUACUUGGGCAUGACGCUCGUGGAAGAGGCGAAGGGGGAGGAGCUGUCGGCCAUGGCGGUGAAAAGGAUCAUGGCCACUGCUAAAGCCAGUGGAAAGAAGCUCCAGAAGGUGACAUUAAAUAUUUCCCCUCGUGGAAUUGUCCUGUAUGACAGCUUGUCCAACCAGCUGAUUGAGAAUAUCUCCAUAUACAGGAUAUCGUACUGCGCUGCGGACAAGAACCACGACCGUGUCUUCACUUACAUCGCCCAGAGCCAGCAGAAUGAAACACUGGCAUGUCAUGCAUACCUCUGUCCCAAGAGGAAGGUGGCCCAGGCUGUGACGCUGACGGUGGCACAAGCCUUCAGAGUAGCCUUCGAGUUCUGGCAGGUCGCGAAAGAAGAGAAUGGGAAGCGGGCAGCGUCUGGCUCUGACGGCGAGGCAGCCAGCAGCUCCCAGUCGGAAUGGUCCCUCAACCUGCUCAGCCUGAAGGGGAGAGAGGGGGGCACUGGAACUGGAACCCUGCUGGAUCUGGAUGAGACCCCCCCGGCCGGCCUGCCGGCCACGGCCCCCGACUCUGCCCACCCCUUCGCGGUGCGCGGCACAGACAUGGAGAACAACAACACGCUGUGGGAGCUCGACGACGGCCUCGAUGAAGCCUUCUCGAGCCCAAGUUGGCAUAUCUAUGGUUCGCUAACAGACUCGCCGAGUCUCGCACGAACCCCCAGGUCCUGGACAUCGGGGUGAUCUCUGACGAUCUCCAUGCCGACACGCUGCAGUGGUCCCCCUCUGGCUGGGAUGCGAGUGACGGGAACGACCUGUUCGGGUUGUGACGCCGUGCCGCGUGGGGGCGGCUGGCCGGUCAUCCCUGGAGGGCCCCCUCCGCUGAACGCGUGUGGGCUUUAGCUGGGUGACUGGAUGCCAGGCCGGUGUCACAGCUCGGCCGCCAAAACAGUAAUAGAGUAUUACGCCGCCUUAAACGUGUCUUAGCGAUGCAUUACCCACUUUCCCCUCUAGGUGACACGCACAGCCAAAGUGGCAGUUUGCACUAUUAUGUUAAAAAAAAUUAUACCAUGUAUCAUGAUGUUUUUUUAUAUAUAUAUAUAUAUAUAUAUAUAUAUAUAUAUAUAUAAUAAUAUAUAAAUGUAUGUGUGCACACUCAAGUGAAAGCAAUCGGUGAAAGUUUGAGGAGGAUGAUUAUGCUCUUAUCUCUGCAUGAGGAUGAAACUCCAUUCAGGAGGGAUCUAAAGCUGAAACAGGUGGAAUUUAAGAUUUAGCUUUUUGAAGGAUGUCGUGACUGAUCUCUGAGCUUGGGUAUCUUAGGGGUCUGGAGUCGCCGUGUCUCCUCCUGGUGCAUGAGGACAAACCCAGACGGCCAAGCCGUUCUGCGGGGUCGCGUUCCAGUCCAGCUUCUGUGAAGCAGACAUUCCUGCAGCUGUGGUCAAAGGGAGAGGAUUAAGUGUUUCUGCUGACCCCUUUUGUUGAAAUUCAGCCCCCCGUUGCGGGCAGAUUUGCUGGUCUUUUUGCUGGGGGGGGGAUUGUGGUUACCGGGCUGGUGUUUCGGGUUAUUUGGGUGUCCUUGUUGGCAUGCGCGGCGUACGUGUAAGAUACCAAGACUGCAGCCUUUCUUUCGAGCUGCCACUAGGUGGAGUCGGUCAGCCGCUUUUGCUACUACAGAGCCCCAUGUUGGCAGACGCGCGUUUUAUUCGCUGGACCGGGCACUACCCCUCCUCCUUAGUUCUGAAGCGCUUUGUAUGAUCUGCUAUGGGGAUGUUCCUGUGAAGCGUGCCUUUUGGCUUUCACCACCGUUUAUCUGUUCUUGCUUUAGGUCUUUUUACAAUGAGUGACGUCUCAUGAAUGGUUGGUUUUAUUUAUUUGCCGGCGCUACGUCAAUUUGUUAAUGCUUCAUGGACCACGUAUUCCUGUAAAAUGUAAUAAACGACUAUUAAGAUGA